CUCCCGGCCCACGAGGCUUUCAGGCUCCCACGCUCGCUCCCUAGCGCGGCCCCGCCCGCCGCAUCACGUGACUCGGCCACCGAACCAGAGCUGCAGGGCCCAAGCCGGGCUAAGUUCGUUGCCGGUGGCCUCUGCGGGUGCAACCACAAAGGGUAAUCCGAAAGAGUGGGGGGGGGGGGGGCUCGCGAAGUCGAUGCUUCCUCUUCCAAUUCAGGUCGGCUCCCGUUACCUUCUCACUAUUCACCGUUGCUAUCUUCCUGAGCGUUUGCAUGAGCCCUUUCGUCUGGGGAGGCUCCGGUGACCAUGUAGGGGGGAAAAGUGAGGAAGCUCCAGGUGCCUGGGACGAGGUCACCGCUGUUGGCACGCCGCCCCGGCUCCCCCCACAUCUCCAUUGCGGGCCGGUGGCCCCGUCAGCCCAGGUGGAAACUCCGGCCUGCAGUUGUGGCCUGGCAAGGAGCGCCACGAAAUCUCGCGCCGUCUCGCGAGAGUCUAAGUUGAAGGAACAUGGCGACGUCUAAUCUGUUAAAGAAUAAAGGUUCUCUUCAGUUUGAAGACAAAUGGGACUUCAUGCGUCCAAUUGUUUUGAAGCUUUUACGCCAGGAAUCUGUUACAAAACAGCAGUGGUUUGAUCUGUUUUCGGAUGUACAUGCAGUCUGUCUCUGGGAUGAUAAAGGCCCAGCAAAAAUUCAUCAGGCUUUAAAAGAAGAUAUUCUUGAGUUUAUUAAGCAAGCACAGGCACGAGUACUGAGCCAUCAAGAUGAUACAGCUUUGCUAAAAGCUUAUAUUGUUGAAUGGCGAAAAUUCUUCACACAGUGUGAUAUUUUACCGAAGCCUUUCUGUCAACUAGAGAUUACUUUAAUGGGUAAACAGGGCAGCAAUAAAAAAUCAAAUGUAGAAGACAGUAUUGUUCGAAAGCUCAUGCUUGAUACAUGGAAUGAGUCAAUCUUUUCAAAUAUAAAAAACAGACUUCAAGAUAGUGCAAUGAAGCUGGUACAUGCUGAAAGAUUAGGAGAAGCUUUUGAUUCUCAGCUUGUCAUUGGAGUAAGAGAAUCCUAUGUUAACCUUUGUUCUAAUCCAGAGGAUAAGCUUCAAAUUUAUAGGGACAAUUUUGAGAAGGCAUACUUGGAUUCAACAGAGAGAUUUUAUAGAACACAGGCACCUUCGUAUUUACAACAAAAUGGUGUACAGAAUUAUAUGAAAUAUGCAGAUGCUAAAUUAAAAGAAGAAGAAAAACGAGCCCUACGUUAUUUAGAAACAAGGCGAGAAUGUAACUCUGUUGAAGCAACCUCUGGGGAGAUUGCUAUGGAUUUAGAAGGCAAAAUACAGGAGUUGAUGACAUAUGGCAAAAAGUUUUUUUCUUCACGGAAGCUAGCAAAAGGAGACAGAAAGGGAAUACAAGAAUGGAGUUUCCUGGAAAUGAGAUUGCUGAAGCAAAGGCUCAUGGAAUGCUGUGUAAAUGCCCUGGUGACAUCCUUUAAAGAGACUAUCUUAGCAGAGUGCCAAGGCAUGAUCAAGAGAAAUGAAACUGAAAAAUUACAUUUGAUGUUUUCAUUAAUGGACAAAGUUCCUAAUGGGAUAGAGCCAAUGUUGAAAGACUUGGAGGAACAUAUCAUCAGUGCAGGCCUGGCAGAUAUGGUAGCAGCUGCUGAAACUAUUACUACUGACUCUGAGAAAUAUGUUGAGCAGUUACUUACACUGUUUAAUAGAUUUAGUAGACUUGUCAAAGAAGCUUUUCAAGAUGAUCCACGAUUUCUUACUGCAAGAGACAAGGCAUAUAAAGCAGUUGUUAAUGAUGCUACCAUAUUUAAACUUGAAUUACCUUUGAAGCAGAAAGGGGUGGGAUUAAAAACUCAGCCUGAAUCAAAAUGCCCUGAGCUGCUUGCCAAUUACUGUGACAUGUUGCUAAGAAAAACGCCAUUAAGCAAAAAACUAACCUCUGAAGAGAUUGAAGCAAAGCUUAAAGAAGUGCUCUUGGUACUUAAAUAUGUACAAAACAAAGACGUUUUUAUGAGAUAUCACAAAGCUCAUUUGACACGACGUCUUAUAUUAGACAUCUCUGCUGAUAGUGAAAUUGAAGAGAAUAUGGUAGAGUGGCUAAGAGAAGUUGGUAUGCCAGCAGAUUAUGUAAACAAGCUUGCUAGAAUGUUUCAGGACAUUAAAGUAUCUGAAGAUUUGAACCAAGCUUUUAAGGAAAUGCACAAAAAUAAUAAAUUGGCUUUACCAGCUGAUUCAGUUAAUAUAAAAAUUCUGAAUGCUGGUGCCUGGUCAAGAAGCUCUGAAAAAGUCUUUGUCUCACUUCCUACUGAACUGGAGGAUUUGAUACCCGAAGUAGAAGAAUUCUACAAAAAAAACCAUAGUGGUAGAAAAUUACAUUGGCAUCAUCUCAUGUCAAAUGGAAUUAUAACAUUUAAGAAUGAAGUAGGUCAAUAUGAUUUGGAGGUAACAACAUUUCAGCUGGCUGUAUUGUUUGCAUGGAACCAAAGACCCAGAGAGAAAAUCAGCUUUGAAAAUCUAAAACUUGCAACUGAACUCCCUGAUGCUGAGCUUAGAAGAACUUUAUGGUCUUUAGUAGCUUUCCCAAAGCUCAAACGGCAAGUUUUAUUGUAUGAACCUCAAGUCAACUCACCCAAAGACUUUACAGAAGGUACCCUCUUCUCAGUGAACCAGGAGUUCAGUUUAAUAAAAAAUGCAAAAGUUCAGAAAAGGGGUAAAAUCAACUUGAUUGGACGCUUGCAGCUCACUACAGAAAGGAUGAGAGAAGAAGAGAAUGAAGGAAUAGUUCAACUAAGAAUACUGAGAACCCAGGAAGCUAUCAUACAAAUAAUGAAGAUGAGAAAGAAAAUUAGUAAUGCUCAGCUGCAGACUGAAUUAGUAGAAAUUUUGAAAAACAUGUUCUUGCCACAAAAGAAAAUGAUAAAAGAGCAAAUAGAAUGGCUAAUAGAGCACAAAUACAUCAGAAGAGAUGAAUCUGAUAUCAACACUUUCAUAUAUAUGGCAUAAUUUUGAAUAUCAUGGACAGUAUUAAGAACCAAAAUUUUGGAGUGCUUGGGCAGAAAGUUCUUGCAGUUUGUGCUAGAGGAAGGUUUAUUUGGACUUUGGUUACAUAAAUAUUAAAAUCUCUGCCUUACCUAACAAAACAACUAUAUUUUGCCAAUCACAUUAGUUAGCAUGGUGGCAUUCCCUUCAUGUUGCACACUCUGUUUUAACAGCAUGCCGUUUUGUGGAGAAACUUGCAUUCAUGAAGAGCCCAUGAUGAACUUUUAAAAAUCUGAUUUAUACCCACCGGAAGAAAUACAGUUGGGAAGGGUGAAAGUGGGGUUUUUGUUGCUUUUUUUUUUUUUCUUUUUUUUUCUUUUUUUCCUCUCUUACAAAAAUGUACUUGCACAAGGAAGGAUCUUCAGAUGUUUGUGUGCUGAAAAAUGCUGUUACGUUUUGUUUUAAAAAAUGCAAUUAAAACUAGAAAUAGCACUCUUGGUUUCUUUUGAUCAAAAGAGUGAGCUGGUCUACACAACAUUGGGACAGGGCAGAUAUAGGUGAAAAGAUAAGUUUAUAAUAGUAUCAAACUAUAUGUUCAAACACUGCUUCAGUAUCACAGCUGGAUUUUAGUGGUGACUUAAAAAUGGUAUUAAAUUUUUCCAACUAAAAAAUGUUGGCUUUCUUUAAGCAGGAGACUACUGUCUUAGUUGUUUAUUGUUAAAUGAUGAAGAGUUUUUUAAAUUUUACAUGGCUAAGAGAGCUUGUUUUGAAAAAGUGAAGCUCAUAUUAAUUAUUAUUUUAAUUGUUUAAAAAAAUGUAUGGAGAUAGGUUGGUCGAUUGCAGAGUCAAAACAGCAAAAUAAGCAUAUUAAGUGUUUACUAAGACACUUAGUAUUUAUAUACUUAAUAUUUAUUAUGCCAUAUUCAAAUUUAUUAAAAACAAGACAGAAAUCUCCUGCUUUAAUAUAAUACAGUUAUGUAACUGACCUCUUAAUCUGUAGCAUAGAAAUAUUUUGAAAUUUUAAAGUCUCAUGAUUAGGGAUUUAUAACCUCAGGUUUCUGGAAAGGAAGACAUUCUGUUUUAAAAAGUAAUAAUUAGGUAUCAGUCACCUAGGAGGAAGAGAAAAACCACAACAUAGACCUGAAAAGCAUAAGCAAAAUUGUUGCAAUCUUAAUAUGAGCAGUAAACUUGCCAAAUAUAUGUACAUAUAUAUUUAUAUAUUUUAAAAAUAAGCAUUUAAAAAAUGUUCAGAAGGCAACACUUACCUUGUUCCUUUUAGUCAAUCCAAAGUAGCAACUUACUAGUUGCUGGCAACUGAAUACCCAGAGUAAUGGAGAUUUUAGGACUUGAGGACAUGAACAACUUAAAAGAGAAAAACUUACUCCCCUUUGGGAAAGAAUGGCUCAACAUGGAUUUUAUUCAUUGUGGUGCACAUUUCAAAUUUUCUUGCAAAUUAUUUUAUAUUUUAUUUGAUAUUAAGUAAUAUUUAAAAUUAUUUUGAUGAUAGUAGGAAAUGGAGUGCCAGAGUGUUGAAAGGCGUACAGUAUUACUACAGAGUGCUUUCAAGAGCAUUUCAUGGAAUCUGUCCCCAAUCCCAAGAGGCUUUGUGAGCUGCCUGCUGAAAGGAAGGACAGCAAAUAUAAAACAUUUUUAAGGUUUUGCUGGCUAUAGUCAAAGGCCUAUUCUGAAACUCAUAAGAAAUUGGAAUUUUGUUUCUAAUUUAAAAUCUUACAUUUGAGCUCUAAGGUAGCAUAUGUCAGUUAUUAGACCAAGCAUAUUGUGAAGAUUAAACUAAAUUAGCACUCACUGUUUUCUCUAAUUAGAUGACUGUUAACAAUGGAUAAAUUCAAAAUUUUUAAAAACUGAUAAUUUGGUAAUAAUUGUGGCCCUUAUGUUUAAUAAAUAGUUUGGUAUUGGCAUAUUUGCUUAUCUGAUAAAGGAGCGCCAAAGGAGGAAGCAAUGGAAAGAAAAAUUACAGGCCAUUUCUUAAAGUUUAAGAUUUGUUGUUGUUUUAAACCAGAAUAGUUCUCAGAACUUUUUUUGGAAUUUCUAAUCUUUUUUUAGUCAUUUAAGAAUGAGAGCCAUGAUGUUUUGAUUUACAAAGGCAAAUUUAAUGCAAAAGUGGGUAACUCUAAAUCCAUAGCAAAGUUUUCUAAUAAUUUUAUAAAUUUUUAAAUUGCUAAUUAUGUCCUAAUUGUAUUUUGGGGAAUAGAACAGCAGCAAAUACUGUAGACUUACAGUUUUCAUCAUUUUGUUCAUUAUGUAUACAAAAGUAUAUCUGACUACUUUUUGGUGUUUAUGAAAACCAUUUAGUUGACAAGGUGCCUAUACCAUUGUUGAAUUUUCUUUAAAUAUAUUUUGACAACAGAUUUGCUAAUUUAAAAAAAAAAAAGGAUCUGGAAAAAAAACUACCAGCAAUUUGCUAAAGAUACAGAAUCACAGUUAGUAUCCUUUAUUACUAAGUCCCUUUUCUCUAAUGUGCACUUAAAAUUAGUGCUAUCUGAGCAGGGAUGAACUCUGACAUAGUUAAGGGGAAAAAUAUAUACAUAUAUAUGCAUAUAUUUUUUUCAUGAGCAGUAUGGCAAUAGGACACUUCAGAGGUUAAGAUUUGAACAUUCAUCUUCUAAUAUAAAGGUGGAGCCAUCUUGAAAAUGUUAACCUUUAUUGCCAUCUCAUUGCCAGAGUAAGUAGAUAUGAAACAAAACUUACAAAGUGAAAAUACAGAACAAUUUUAAUGCUUACAAUGAGUUAAAUAUUUAGAGUAUUACUGUUCUAAUGAUUUAAUGAGUAUCUUGAAAUAAAUUCUGAAGUCUUCCAAUUUUUACAUUUAUUGGAGGGGUCCCUGCAUUCUGGCAAACUUUAUUUAAGUCUCUUUCUCUUAUUUUGUGCAUAAAUGUUAAAAUUUCCAAAAAUGAAAUGUUAGCUUUCUUAUUUUUACCUUUUAUUAAAUUUAGUACAAACUAUGACCGGAGUAGUUUAAAAGUAUUUUGUAUUAUUUGCAGUAGGAUGUCAUUGGCCCUGCUCAAAGGGCAAAUUUUAAAAAUUCAAUUUGGGUGAAAGUUUUGCUAGUUUUCCAGAAAGAUUUGCUAUCUUAAACUCAAGCUUGUUUUUUCUAUUUUCAUGUAAAUGACUGGGAUGCUAUCUUAUAAACUCUUCCAAUGUCAUGUUUGUGAAAUAAACAUUACAAUGAGAGCUUUCCUGUCAUCUACACUAUAUAUGUUGUCUGGAGUGUUGAACAAAUUUGAGUUCCUAAGUUGUAAUCUAUCCUCGUAUAUACAAUUUUGAAUGUGUGCCACUACAUACUGAGAUGAUAAUGCUGUACAAUUUUAAAUGGUAGCAGUUUCUGUAUGCAGUAGGCUGAAAUAUUUUGAUGAACUGCUUAAUUUUUGGAUUUUAUUUUUUAAGUUGUAUAAUUUAUUUUCUUGCAAAAUAAAAAUGUAAUAUAAAAGCUUU